AUGGUCCUGCCUUCACUGCUCAAGUUUCUCAACGUCUUUCUGAACCAUUCGACCUUCCCCAAAGCCGCUGAUCACUGCUGCCGCCCGUCCUGCUACCCGGCUGCUCUGAUGCCGCCCCCACCCGGCAUGCCGCUCUCUUGCCGCCGUGGGUGGGAGGCAAGGGAGCACAUGCAAAGUGUGCCCACUGAAGAAAGAGAGGUGCUGUCUCUGGGUGCAGAUGUGUUGCCCGAGUACAAGCUCCACGCUCCUCGCAUCCACAAGUGGACGGUGUUGCACUACAGCCCGUUCAAGGCGGUGUGGGACUGGCUCAUCCUGCUGCUGGUCAUCUACACCGCCAUCCUGACGCCCUACUCAGCCGCAUUCCUCCUCAACGACCAGGAAGAGGUAGCCAUACAGAACUGCGGCUACUCCUGCUCUCCUCUCACUGUGGUGGAUCUCAUGGUGGAUAUCAUGUUCAUUAUUGACAUCCUCAUCAACUUCAGGACAACAUAUGUGAACGUCAAUGAUGAGGUGGUGAGCCACCCGGUGCGUAUCGCGGUCCACUACUUUAAGGGCUGGUUCCUCAUCGACAUGGUGGCUGCUAUUCCCUUUGACCUGCUCAUCUACCGCAGCGGAGAGGAGACCACCACUCUAAUUGGUCUACUAAAAACCGCUCGACUCCUGCGAUUGGUGCGUGUGGCCAGGAAGUUGGACCGCUACUCGGAGUAUGGCGCGGCUGUGCUCUUCCUCCUCAUGUGCACCUUCGCCCUCAUCGCUCACUGGCUGGCCUGCAUCUGGUAUGCCAUUGGUAGUGUAGAGAGGAGUGGUUCUAUUGGAUGGCUCCACACGCUGGGGGACCAGUUGGGGAAACCAUUCAACAGCUCCAUCCAAGGUUCAGGACCCACUAUCAAAGACAAGUACGUCACAGCUCUCUACUUCACCUUCAGCAGUCUGACCAGUGUGGGCUUUGGAAAUGUGUCCCCAAACACCAACUCUGAGAAGAUCUUCUCCAUCUGUGUCAUGCUCAUAGGAUCCCUGAUGUACGCCAGCAUCUUUGGGAACGUGUCAGCCAUCAUCCAGCGGCUGUACUCGGGAACGGCCCGCUACCACACCCAGAUGCUGCGAGUCAGGGAGUUUAUCCGCUUCCACCAGAUCCCCAACCCGCUCCGGCAGAGGCUGGAGGAGUACUUCCAGCACGCCUGGUCCUACACCAACGGCAUCGACAUGAAUGCUGUGCUGAAAGGUUUCCCAGAGUGUCUCCAGGCGGAUAUUUGCCUCCAUCUGAACCGAACGCUGCUGCAGAACUGUAAAGCUUUUAAAGGCUCCACCAAGGGCUGUCUCAGGGCGCUGGCCAUGAAGUUCAAGACCACCCACGCACCCCCGGGUGACACGCUGGUCCACGCUGGGGACGUCCUCACUGCCCUCUACUUCAUAUCCAGGGGAUCCAUAGAGAUAAUGAGGGGAGACGUGGUGGUAGCCAUCUUAGGGAAGAAUGAUAUCUUCGGCGAACCAAUCAACCUGUAUUCCCGACCCGGUAAAUCCAACGCUGAUGUGCGGGCUCUGACCUACUGCGACCUUCACAAAAUCUUCAGAGAAGACGUUCAGGAGGUGCUGGACAUGUACCCUGAGUUCGCAGACAACUUCUGGAACAACUUGGAAAUCACCUUCAACCUCAGAGAUACCAACAUGAUCCCAGGCUCUCCGAGCAGUGAUGACUCCAACAGUGGAGGAUUCAACAAAUUACGCAGACGCAAGCUUUCCUUUCGAAGACGUACAGAAAAAGAUGAUGCAGAUGCUGGAGAAAGUAAAAAGUCCCAAAAGUCUGUAAGACGAAGACAGAGGGACUCAACCAAAAGUCCAAAACAGGAAGAGGCACCCAAGCGACAAUGGCAGGCACAUCGAAGCUCAGUGUCCUCACACUCCAGUGGUGACGAGGGGGAGGAGCCAAAUAUGAACAGACUCGUCCCACCGUCCGUAAUGAUGGAGACUCCUCAGGCUCAGGCCACGCCCCUGAACUUUAAUGAGAACACGGAGGGUGAUGGAGAGCCCAAGACAGGGAACACCUGCAACGCCCUGUCAGGUGCCUUCUCAGGUGUGUCCCACAUCUUUAGUUUCUGGGGGGAGAGUCGGGGGGGCGGGCAGUACCAGGAGGUUCCCAGCUGCAGCCUGGCCUCCCCCCCGAACCUCAACACGCCGCUGCACAGCCUGAACCGACAGCAACGCAACCAGGUGGACACACGCUUGGAAAUGCUGCAGAAACAGCUCAACAGGUUGGAGAGUCGCAUGUCAACGGACAUAGGAGCGAUCAUGCAGCUGCUGCAGAGACAGAUGGCCCUGGUCCCCCCCGCCUACAGCGCCAUCUCAUCACCACCUCAGGUCUCCCCCUGCCCAGGUCCCGGCCCAGCACCAUGUCCAGGAGAGAGGCUGGUGGAGCCUGUUACUCCUCUCGAGACAGAGGACCUGGCCUCCUUCUCACAGAUCUUGGAUUCCCAGGAAUUUGAAGGGUUUCCGGGCCGGGACUCCCUGCAGCCCCAGGACCCCCCCCUCAUCACUGAGCAGGGCCAGCUCGCCCCCUCCGGACUGGACAGCCUUGAGCUGGGACUGGGCCCAGGUUUGAGGGUAGAUAUAGAGAGUGGGUCAGCAGCGGGGUCCAGCUUAGGGUUAGACUUCAGUUUAGGGGUGUGUUUGGGGGCAGCUGGAACACAGGUAUCAUCCCUCGAUUCUGAAACCCAAAGGAGGCUGUCCCUCCAGGAAUCACAGACACCUCUGGACUCACGGACAACACAGAGACACGGCUCUGACCCGGGGGGGAGCUAAGGGAGAGGGAGAGUGGGAUGGAGGGGGGGACACAGAGAUAGGAGGGGUGAUGUUUU